AUGGCAUCCACACUGCCAAACCUUCCGAUAUUCCAAGCCAUUACCAAGCACAAGCCAACUUCCACCGCCAUCAUUCACAGUGAUUCCAACCGGACCUUUUCUUACGCGACCUUGCUGCGAGAUGUUGUUGCUGCUAAGAAGCAAAUAUCACAGAUUGUGCCAGAAUCCCCCCUUUGUGGGGAGAGAAUUGCAUUCCUGGCAGAGAAUGGCUACAAUUACGUUGUAACCUUCCUUGCUAUCCUCGCUCACGAAGCUGUGGCCCUCCCCCUCGCCCACUCGUUCCCACCAACCGAGCUUCGAUAUUCACUGGAUAACAGUCAAGCAAAACUUCUACUGUCGACUUCAACUCUAGAGACCAAAGCGAAAGAAGUCCUAAAGGAAGGGCUGCAACGUGAGCCUGUUCUUGGUGUCAUCAAUGCUGCAGAGCAAGACUCAAUAUCGAGCAAUGACAAAUUCGAGCUCGAGGGGGUCUCCUCAGGACUUGGUGGCUGCAUGUUAUACACCUCUGGAACGACAAGCAGCCCGAAAGGCGUGCUGCUCUCUACAUCAGUGAUCACAGCUCAGGCCAGAUCAUUGAUAGAGGCAUGGAGAUAUACAAAUGCCGAUCUUCUGUUACAUCUGCUACCGCUCCAUCAUAUUCAUGGCACCGUCAAUGCGCUUUUUGCCCCACUUUUGGCCGGAUCUGCCGUUGAAUUUCUCUUUCCGUUCAAUGCCGGUGCUACAUGGGAACGACUUGCAGCUCCAUUUUUGCCGCAGUCCGCUUCAGAUUCUAGACGGCCAGUUACAUUCCUGACCGCCGUACCGACGAUUUACAACCGUUUGCUAUCAACUCACGCUACUCUCAAUCAUGACUUACAAGAAGCUGCGCAAACAGCCAUAUCUCCGAUUAACUUGCGGCUUAAUAUAUCUGGCUCAGCUGCCCUGCCAGCAUCAACAAAGUCGGCUUGGACCAAUUUGAGCCGCGGAAACGUGCUAUUGGAGCGCUAUGGAAUGACAGAGGUCGGAAUGGCCUUAUCCUGUGGCUUGGAUUAUGCCGAUAGGGUUGAUGGAAGUGUAGGCUGGCCUUUACCAUCCGUGGAGGUGCGUCUGGUAGAUUUUGAGACGAACAAGGUGAUUCCCGAGAGCAGCAGGCAAGAGGGAGAAAUUCAACUGCGUGGCCCAACAACUUUUAAUGGAUAUUGGCAGAAUCCGGAAGCAACUGCAGCAGAAUUUGUGAAUGGCGAAGACGAACGCGGCAAAUGGUUCAAGACUGGGGACAUCGCAAUACGACGUACUGUUGAUGGAACCGGGAAGAGUUGGCAAAAGUGGGCUAGAGGUCCGAUGUACUUCAUCCAAGGAAGAAAGAGUGUUGACAUAAUCAAAACCGGUGGAGAAAAAGUCUCAGCCUUAGAAAUUGAGAGGGAGCUCCUGUCGUUGCCUCAGGUUUCCGAAGCAGCGGUUGUUGGCAUACCCAGCGAGCAGUGGGGCCAGAAAGUUGCGGCGGUCAUAGUUCUGGAAGCAACACAAGCCAAUUCAGGCAAGGGAGGCAAGAAGUGGGGUGCGAUGGACAUGAGAAGGGCGUUGAAAGCGAGGCUGGCAAAUUAUAAAAUACCCCAAGAGCUUAGGAUUGUGGAGAGCAUUCCAAGGAAUGCAAUGGGAAAAACUCCCUCUCUACAGCCCGAUAAUCCACCCCUACUGAAUCUUCGGAUCAUCCCAGAUCUUUUGAGCAAUGGUUUCGUUGGCCGUGAGGACAUCAUACGUUCUGUUGGCUGCUCCAUGGCCUCGAUAUCUGAUAAGCGAACAUCAAGAGUCGCCCUGUGGGGUAUUCCUGGUAUCGGGAAAACCCAAAUUGCUCUUCGUUUUGCAGAACGAUGGCGAAAUCAAUACGCGCACAUUUUCUUUGUCAAUGCUGUAAGCUCAGCGACCAUCACUAGCAAUUACCGUAUGUUCGCCCGAAGACUCAGACUGCUGAGAGCAAGUCAGGAUCGGCCCAAGGAAUCUGAGGUCGUCGACCUAGUAAAGACGUGGUUAUCAGAACAUACGAGGUGGCUCAUGGUUUUUGACAAUGCGCUUGAACCAGGAGUAGUUCGUCACUAUACACCUGUGGAGGGUUCUGGCCAUAUUCUUUUCACGACACGCAGUCAGAUAGCUGCUGAAGCCCUUGCAGAGAGGGCCAAUGUGCUUGCCGUACCAGCCAUGACGUCCACUGAAGCAGUUGGGCUUGCCUUGAAGUUGCAGAAUAUAGACAGCACUAACGUCUUUGAGAGGCAAGCAGCAGAGCAUUUGGCACGGCUAACAGGUGGCCUCCCGAUCGCGAUUGAACAAACCGUUUCGCUGGCAUGUCUGCGGAAAGUGUCAUUGUCCACCGUCCUGCCGGAUGUGGAAAAGAGGCACGUAUUGCUGAAACAGUCUCAUCCACUUUCUAUGCAUGAGGACGGAUGCGCGACGGGUGCCAUUCUCUCAUUGACACUAGAUGCUCUCAAGGUGCAAUCUCCUCAAGCUGCUGCGUUGUUCCAGCUUUUAUUUUAUUUUGAUUCUUCUGCAAUACCGAAAGAGCUCAUCACCCGGAGCUCUCUGGAACUGAUACAUCACUUUGCUCGAUUAGAAACGUACGAUCGAGGGUUCGAGCGUCCGGCAGCGGAGCUUAGGAAAAUGCGGACCAAGGCGUUGCGGGCCCGGGAACCGUGGUACUAUCGCGAACUGCCCACAGCUGACUUCUUGAUGUCGCGGAUUCCCUUUCCAAAAAGAUUGCCAGCAAACACGCUCCCAAGGGUGGAUAGCCAAGCAGACAAAAACCUCGAACGACAUCUCAGGGAUGAUAGCGCUCUCAAGGAAGUCUUAGAAAAGCCGGUUCGGACCGAUAAUGCAUUCCUUGACUUGGGACAAGCCGGCCUAAUCCGGAAUCUCGACGUCAAGACUGUUUGGAUACAUGGUUUGUUUGCUCAAUUGACUAUAGCACUUGUGGAGGGGGAGUCUCAAGCUACCCACCAAGUCACAGCACACACGGUAUUACUCAUGAUUUAUUUAGUGUUCCCGCUUCCUGAUCACGACAAGAAGAUGGCAGUUUGCUUUAGAUAUCUUCCUCGUGCUGUCUCCAUCCUUCAACACUGCAGACCGUUCUAUAAUGACCUGACUGUAGGGCCAGAACUUGCACACAUGGCAGCAUCAGCUUUCAGCUUGAAAUUCUCGGAAUUCUCGAACACGAAAGACCAGAACGCUGUAGAGAACGCAGUUGUCUACUACAAGCUUGCCUUUUGUGGCUACCAUCAUGCUGGGAAACGCCUUCUAGACCAUCCGCUCGUUACAGAGAAGGAAACAGUACGUCGCGCAAGAGUCGAAUAUGCCGAUGAAUACGGCAAAGAGAUGCAGAACUUGUUUCGUCUCCACCAUGUAAGUAACCAACGCUUUGGUUGCUCAGCUACCGUGAGAGCCCUACAAACAUGCCUAAAACUUGGCGCUCGGGUAUAUGGGGUCAUUGGCCAACUCGAUGAAGCUGUCAAAUGGACGGAAAUGGGCGUUAAAGGUUUCCAGAGCCUAUAUGGAGAGGACCACAACGAGACCUAUGAGUCCAGAGCCGUCUUGCUUCAUUUGUACAGGCAUGGGCAGCUGUGGGUAAGAGGUUCGGUGCUUGGGCGGGUUAUGGGGCAAUCUCUCCUCAGACAUCCCGAUACUUGGGGAGUUCUUCCCCUUGCCUGUGCCAUGGGUGAUUGUAAAUUGGGACUGAUGAUGCCAGAGAGCGCCAUGAGCUAUUACGCCGUCGCCCUGCAGGUCUUGACUGAAAUGUACGGCGAGGAUGACCAAAGCCACAUAAUGGUCCUACUCAAGCUUACAACGGUAGAGGGCUUACAGCACUCCCAUGGUAAGAGUUUGCUGCUUGCUCAAAAGGGUCUCGAAAUCUAUAAAGACAUCUGCCGAAAUCAGCCACAAUGGAAUCACCCGACUUCCGAUCGAUUGAUUGACCUCGAGGUGGCCAUUGCACGGCAGCAAUUCGAGCUGGGAAACUUUGAAGAGGCCAAACAAGGAUGUCCGUGUGGGGACUCUGGACUCGAAGCUGUCUGGGCAUGGGCAUGUAUUGAGUUUGCUGGGGCUACUCUGCCCGAAGAGUGGGAGAUUCCAUAUCUCUCAACGUCACCAGAGAUACUGCUAGUCAGGCGCUCAAGAAGUAUAGACGCUUGA